AUGUUUUCGCCACAAAUAAUAGAAAACCUAAAUGAUUACUAGUGCUCCUAGAAUCAUAAUAGACCUAUAAAGUCAGCUUGUAUUUAACCAAAUUACCCCCAAAAUAAAAGAUUUUUCUGUGAAGAAUGUUUAAAGGAAAUCACUAUUGAAGUACAUCCUUUAGGUUAGAUAAGGUAAAAAAUUGAAGAUGACCUGAAGACUUCCAUCUAGUAAUGUGAAAUCUAAAUAUCUCCUUUUUUAAAUAUGCUCAGGUAAUUAGAGUAGAAUAUUUGUUCCUUAAAAGAAUAUAUAUUAUAGGAAAUCAACAGUUUAAUUAAUAUAACUUCAGAAUCAAUAUCAAAAAUUGAGACAUUGAUAAAAAAAUAAUUCAGUUAUAGUUUCAUAGACACUUUGGAGAAAUUGUCAAAACAGACCCCUAUUUACUUCUAACCCCAAUAAUUAAUCCAUAAUAUUAAGGCAUUCAAUAAUACUUGGAUUAGCUAAUUGGAUGAAAGAUUAGGUAAAUUCUUGCAAUUUGAACAAAGUAAGAAAGCUGUCGAGAUUUUAAAUAAUAUCAAACACCAAUAAUCAUUUACAAAUACAUUUGUCUCUUAAUAAGAUAAUCUUUUCUUUUAUUCACAUAAUGCUUCAUAGGAAAUCUAAAAGAACAUUAAGAUUGGUUAGAAUGUAUUUUCUAUUAAACAUCCAUAUUGCUAUGCAAUUGCUAUAAACAAGGAAAACAAUAUCAUUGUUACUUCUUCCAAUAAAAAUUUAAGCAUAUUUUAAAUCGGUCAAGGAUCAAUUAAGCUAGAACAACUUUGUGAAAACAAGUAUUCUAAGUUCAUAGUUACACUUACUUUCUUUAAAUCAGCCACAGCAAACAAUACAUUCAUCUCUGGUUCCUAAGAUUCAAAUAUUGUCAUUUGGAUUUAAAAUAGAACUAUUUAAUCACAAUUUUCUUGGGAACCAAAGCUUUUAUUACAAGGACAUGCAUCUUGUAUUAACUGUCUGAUUGUUAACUCUUUUGAUUCAAUUAUUAUCAGUGGAUCUGACGAUACCAAAAUCAAAUUUUGGUCUCCUGAAUAGUCUUCUAAUAAAUGGUAUUGUUAGCAGACUAUCAGAGAGCAUUCGAACAGUGUUUUUGGGUUGUCCAUCAAUUCAUAAGGGAAUUAAUUAAUUUCAUGUGGUAGAGAUAUGUUAAUAUUGGUAAUGCAGAAUUAAAAUAAUUAAAACUGGUAAAUUAAAUAAAAGAUUUAAACUUAGAAUUAUGGGUACAGAUUAACCUUCAUUAAUGAAAAUAUAUUUACAUUUUAACCUCACCUGAAGAAUAAAAGUGAAAUAGAAAUAUUCUAGAUUGAUCCAAAUACAAAAAACUAUAUAAAAUUAAGAAAUUUGUAACUUUAGGGAACUAAAAUGACUUGCUAUUAUUAUUUUCCUUAAGUUUACAUCCCCUAAUUAAGUAUGCUGAUUACUAAGAAUGGACAUUAUGUGAACUUUAUUAAAUUUUAAUUUACUUCAUAACACUAGUUUUAAGAUUGCAAAUUAGAAGCUGCAUUAGAUUUUGGUGUGCUAAGUUAUGGGGAGAUCUUUGGAACAACAAGUGAAGAUGGAGAAUACUUAAUAACUUGGGAUCUGUUAUCUUAAUGUAUUCAAAUUAAGAAUUCGAUAGAAGUAUCGCAAACUUAUAAUGAUGUAUUUAGAACCUAUUCUUAUGUUUCAAUAUGA